CGACCUGGAACUCAUCAGAUCUGGGCUCAUAAUUUCAUAAUGAUAAAAUAUGAAACAGAGGAACUGGAAUCAUCUUGCAAAAUGAUGUACCCUUCAACUCAUUUGGCUUGGUACGCAGAAGAAUGGUAUUCAUGAAUAAAUGAACGGUGUUUUGAGGGUAUUUGUCACGCGUGCUAAUCUUUACUGAGACUAAUAUAAUGUAUCAUCUGUUAUCAUGCUUGAGAAACUUAAAGAGGUAAUGGCGAAACAUCAAUCGUUUAGAAUUUUCAUUUAUUUGCUGUUAUUGAUUUUGACAAGGAAAUGUUUCGCAGAGUUGUCUGCAGUUGGUGACAAUUUUAGGGAACUGGCCAUGCCCGCUGACGCAGCGGGGGAGAGGGACGCUAUAAGAAUAUCAGUUGAAAACGAUAAUUCAGUCACGACUAAUGCUGACGGCAGCUUCAACGAUAUAAACUAUGAAGACUCGAACGCUUGUACAGCGCAUGGAGAAAGACUGAAGAGACUAAUUCAAUCGUAUUAUCUAAAUCAAACAGAGAAUUAUUUUUAUCAUAAUUCAACCACUUGGGAGUGGGUCAUAAAAUCUUGGGAAUACCUUGCAUAUAGUGUUCCUGAAAUCACGGACUGGAACUGGUGGACGGCACAAAUUGGUACACCAAGAUCUCUUUGGGCUGGUCUCUUUCUCUCAAGAGGAAUGAUAAGCGAUACAUUGUACGAUGAUUUGAUUAAAAGGUAUUGGGCUGAUGCUCAAGUUUGGGACGUCACAAUAAAAGACGGCAAAAUAUCGGCGUCAAACCUGGCAAAUAGGGGAUUUUUGGGAUUGUUUGAAAUGUUCUAUCAAGGUGAAGAUGCUUUUAGAGUGAGAAGAAAUGAAGUUAUAAAACAUUUGGGAGAUGAAGUAGUUAACAAAACUUCGUAUCAAGGGGAGGGUGUUGGAGUCGAUGACUGUAUUCACGUACAUAAUAUCCAUGAGGGGUUAUGGGAGGGUCCUUACUACAACUCCCACCUACGGUUGAUGAUCUACAAUGGUGGAUACGGUGCGGAAUAUCUCAACAAAUUUGCCCUCAUCUAUGUCCUUCUACACCAUACUGACUAUCAGGUAGACGAUAUCGUAUUAGCAGAGUUCAUUAAUUGUUUCUUGGAGUGUCAUCAAUACUUGGUGAGAGGUCAGACGUUUGAGCCAUCCGCCGUUGGUCGUAAUAUUGAUGAUAACCAGCGAGUGACUUACUGGGCGGCUUACGACUCUGUUUAUAAGGUAGCAACAUUACUAUUGCAACUUGAGUUUCGUAAAGAAGAACUCCAGAACGCGUUAACAAGAUACCUUAACCAUGGUCCAACUAGUGCGGCAAACGCCCUCAUUGGUAAUCGGGCACUAUUCGCCUCAGAUAUGAUAGUCCACCAUAGACAAAGCUACAUGGCGAGUGUGCGUAUGUUUUCAACUCGUACAGUCAGGCCCGAGACGUGGAUUAGCUCCCGCAGAACACAAAAUCCCAAUGGGUUGUUGUUCUUCAUAUUUCUCACGGCUAUAUGUAAUAAUGUUAUUGCUGAAGAUGACACUGCUGUUCAUGAAUGUGAUAUCGUCGCCAUUUUAGGUAUUAUACGGCAGAUGGGUUUAUGUCGCUCUUACAGGACGACCACGAGUAUGGAUCAAGGUGCCACGGUUUUAUAUAGUGGAGAUGUACCCCAGGAAGGGAUGGAGAGGGUAGGAGACACUCCGAACUUCCCCCAUCAUAUAAGUAAUGCAAAAUUUGUUGGCAGUGCCUCCGAUGGAAUGUACGGUGUUGCCGCAAUGGUCUACGAUCGUCCAACAGUCAAUAUAACGAUGAAGAAGUCUUGGAUUUUCUUUGAUGAUGAAAUCGUCUGCUUAGGUAGCGAUAUAUCUCUGCGCGAUAAUUAUACCGCUCUUGGACUUCCUAUAAUAACUACACUUAAUCAAGUAGUCCAAGAUGGCGAAAUUGCAUAUAUGACUUCAACAGGACCAUGGCAAUAUGCAGACUGGAACAACACGACGCCUUUCACGAAUGCUAGAUGGAUUCACCACGACAAUAUGGGAUAUGUGUUCCCAAAUGGGGCAAAUGGUGCAAUUGAUUCGUACGAAAAGACAACAAAUGAUAAAAAGAUGAAUGUAACUGCGAUGUUCAUGGAACAUGGGUUGGAACCGUACACUUAUAUCGUAUAUUCAAAUGUUACUAUAACUCAACUUGAGGAUCUCCAAAAUGUUCCUUCAGUGACAAUUUUGCAGCAAGACAAAAAUGCUCAUGUCGUGUACCAAUCAAGACUUCACAUACUUUCAAUGGUUGCAUUCUCUGCUCCAUUUUCUAUUCUCCAUCCAGAGUUCGCAUACUCCAUUACAGUUGAUCAAGCUUGUAUUUUGAUGUUUCAGCACAUUGAUAACAAUAUUUCAGUAACUGUUUCCUUUCCUUCACAGCUUGCGUCGACAGUCAAUAUCACGUUAGGUAUGAAGGUCAAAGGAGUUGACUCCUAUAUCAAUCCCAGUGAAUGGACAUCCAUUGUGUUGUUCAAUUUCUCGGAUGACAGAAUGGUUGCAGGGAAAAGUCAAACCAAAAAUUACGAAAUUGUUGAUCUAGCAUCUUCAAGUACGUCAGCAAGUCCAACUCAAUUACCCACGAAUGCUACAGUCCCAGCGGAUACUUCUACUGCGACUGUCAUUAUGUAUAUUACCGUAUCGUUUGCAGGUGCAACUGCUGUAGUGGUUGUCACAGUGGCAAUAGUGAUGGCACUGAUACAUAAAGUAAAGAGAACUAACCGAGUUAAAGAUUCAUCCACCAUUAAUAAGACUCCUCCUCCAUAG